CAGCAGGGACUUCCUCCCGCAAGGCUUCCAUCCUGCCCGCAAGAGUAGUGACUGGGUGCCAAUCAGACAGAAGCCUGGCCCUGCAGCCUGAGCCGGAGGCAAGCAGGGGCCAGCAGGGCUGACAGCUACAGGUCUCACCCUGGCAUUGAUGGGAUCUGCACCUCACCCGGGCUUCCUCAGCUGACCUUGGCGCCCGCAGAUUCUUUCACUUUCUCAGUAGCUCCAGGAACAGAACUAAGAGAAGUCAGACACAAAACAGCCAGAGUAAGAAAAGCAGAAGUGAGCGCUCGGAGACUGACCGUUCCCCACGGGACUGAACCGUGGAGGGUCCAGCCGGGGACUGGCCGCCAGGGACACCCGAGCGUGGAAGAGAUGAUCCGACUGGCCUCAGCUGUGUGGCUGCUGCUUUUCUGGCUUCCAGGCUGUGUCCCUCUGCGUGGCCCCAGGAAGGUGGAAGGCACUGUGGGGGAGUCCCUGAGUGUGCAGUGUCAGUAUGAGGAGAAAUACAGGGCCAACAACAAAUACUGGUGCCGAGUGUCCCUGAUACGAUAUUGUCGAGAUGUUGUCAAGACCAGAGCCUCAAGAGAAGCUAGGAAUGGCCAUGUAUCCAUCAGGGACGAUCCAGCCAACCUCACCUUCACAGUGACCUUGGAGAACCUCAUCCCGGAGGAUGCAGGCACCUACAUGUGUGGGGUGGAUAUACCAUUCAUCAAUGGCUCCUGGUGGGAGAUCACUCCCACCUUAGGGAUUGAUUCUUACUUCAGGGUUGAGGUGUCUGUGGUCCCAGGAUCAGUAUCGCAGACUCCUGCAAUGACCACCAGCCUGGCAACCAGCCUGGCCCCCAGCCUGGCCCCUAGCCUGGCCCCCAGUCUGGCCCCCAGCCUGGCCACCAAGGGUCCCACCCGAGGGCCCACCAUGAAGGAACACCAUGAGCAUUCUAAGCCCCAGGGCUUGAGCCUCCCGGUGCUGCUGUCCGUGUUAGCUCUGCUGCUGUUUCUCCUGGUGGGGACCUCUCUGCUGGCCUGGAGGAUGUUCCAGCAGCGUCAGGUCAAAGCUGACAAGGACCCAGAGCUGUCCCGGAACCUCAGGCAGGCUGCUGAGCCAAGGGAGUCCCAGUACGUGAAUCUCCAGCUGCACGCAUGGCCCCUGGGGGAGGAGCCGGCGCCACCGAGCCAGGUGGAGGCAGAGUACAGCAUGGUGAUGCUCCCCAAGGAAGAUCUUCACUACGCAUCUGUGGCCUUUGACUCACAGAGGCAGGGUUCUCAAGCCAACGGGAAUUCCCCCUUGCCUGCCUCAGAACCAGGAAGCAGAGUACAGCGAGGUCCGGAAGCCCCGGAAAGGCCUCUCUGACCCUCACCUGUGACUCCCUGUCAACCGAUCCCCUCAGUGGUGAGCUCCCAGCAGGCUGCUGCCUUCAAAGUCCUGGGCCUUGCUGGCUUCACUCAAGAUGAGCAUGAACCAAGGCUCCAUGGGGACAGAGGCCUGUCCCACUGGCUCUCUCCUCUUAGCCUGCAUUUUAUUCCGCCUCGGUGUAGAAGGUGUAGCUGCUGCAUCCCGUGGGGCUUUGGGAAGUGACAUGGUUCAUACAGAAUGGCACCGGUGUUAGCUUUGUAGCAUCCGCCCGGCAGGAACAUCGGUGAUCUCUGUGAGAACCAAAGGACCCAUGAGGGUACGAAGGAUGGGGAGUCGUGGAGGCACAAAACACCAGCUCCCCCAUCCCACAGAGACCUGAAGCCAAGCUCUGAGGAGCGGAGCCUAGCCCUUGGCUCCAAGGCCGGGGGCGAGUUUCUCUGGACUCUCAGGUAAAAGAUGAAAAAAAGUUUAAAAUGUCUUCCUAAAGGGAGAAGAAGAAAAUGACUUAAAUGAUGCCUGCUCUCUGCCGGUAGCCCCAUAUUAAAGCCCAGUUUUGAAAUCA